AGAGCUAGCAGAAGACGGCGCCUGCGCGGUAGCGGCCAACAAGGGCUGUGGCGGAAGCGGCAAUGGAACCAGGGGAGCAGCUGAACGAAUUAGUGUCAGCAGAGGGCCGAAACCGGAAGGCGGUGUUGUGCCAACGCUGUGGCUCCCGGGUGCUGCAACCAGGGACCGCUCUCUUCUCCCGCCGGCAGCUUUUCCUUCCCUCCAUGAGGAAGAAACCAGCUCUGGCUGAUGGCAGCAAUCCUGAUGGUGAUCUCCUCCAGGAACACUGGCUGGUUGACGACAUGUUCAUCUUUGAGAACGUGGGGUUCACCAAGGACGUUGGCAACAUCAAGUUUCUGGUCUGCGCAGACUGUGAAAUUGGACCAAUUGGCUGGCAUUGCCUGGAUGACAAGAACAGUUUCUAUGUGGCCUUGGAACGGGUUUCCCAUGAGUAACUGAGGGGAGGGGGCCUCAACUCUACCUCCAGCUAUAAAAGCUACUCCCCAUAAGAACUGACAUUUAGCCAUUUCUGUACUAAUAUAAAAUUGAGUACCAACAAGUCCACUUAACACGUGCAAUGGGUUAAUCCUCCUUCCUUAAAGCCUCAAGCGCAUGCGUCUUGCUUAAUUAGCCUUGUGUCACAACAUUUUCUCAUCUCCCUUUCUUCCAGUUUUGGAACACUGGAGUACCUCCACAAAUCUGUUCUCAUCCCUAGCGUUCUGCCUGGGCUCCAUUUUACCCAGGGGCUCCGUGGUUUCUUGCUCUAGAAGAUGAGUGGUCAACCUUUUAGCCAUAAUGACACGUGACAGAUAAUGCUCAUGUGCUGAUAGUUGGAACUCCACCCUUUUCUCUGUCUUUCAAGAAAGCAUAUAUGAAUACAAGUGUCUGAGAGUGACUUUGUAGUAUGGCUAACCUUGUAUCUGCAGUAAUUUGUUCUUUUAAAGGGUAUAAUUCUUAGAAACUUUGGUAUUUAAACCACUAAUCAGAAACACAUUAUUUUGGACACACCUCUAAUAUACCUCUAAUGCCAUGUUUGAGAGCCUCUUCUCUAGAUUUAUCAUGACAUUUUAUUGUAAUGAGGAAGGAACUCAGCCCAUCUUCCCUUCAAAUCCUGAUGAGGUUUCUCUUUAUUAUUUCUUUUCAACCCUAGUGACAGCCACCUCAAGAAAAACUCAGCCCUAGCUGUUUUCCCAGGAUCUCUUAGAAUCAGAGUAAAAGGUAUUGGAUAUUUGAGGGACAGGCCUUUGCCAAAUUAUACAUGAGUUUAUAGGUCUGUCUCUUCUGAACCGGUAACAUCUUUGGUUCUAAGGAAAAACUUUCUAAAUGGAUACCAUCUUUUACUGAAUUUACCAGGCAUGGUCUCCACAGAGUUUUGGUUGAAUCAGAAUUUCUACACUAAUCCAGCAUACAAACUUUUCAUUCAGAUUCUUCUAUUUCUAUAGCUGUGAGGUUGAGCUUACAGUUUAAUGUUGGCAUGAUUACAUGUUUAACCCUUCUAUUCUGAAAUGACUCGCCAUCUUAUAAUCUGUACACCAAGGUUUCAGGUCCUCCCAACAUCUCUACCUCUAAGAUUCAGGAGGCCUAGAAUUGAAAUAAGGACUAAAUAGAGACCUCACCAUCCACAGUCAUUCCUUUGCAUCUGUUUUUUUUGGUUGCUUCCUUCUUCCUUCACCCUGAAACACAUUAUUAGGGCUCCCCCACUAAAGUGAGGACUUUGGGCACAGUGCUGUAACCAACCUUCCCCCCUAGAAAAGUGGCUUCCUUCUCCAGUCAGGAAGCCUGAAUGAUCUCUAGCAGAAAAUCAGAGAACUGUGUUUUCCAGACAAAUGGUCAGAUGUUCGUUAUUAUAGCACUUUUAGAAAAACAACUGGGAAAAUUAACCACUCAGGUCAGAAGGAGCAAAACCAAGUAGAUGCCUCUAGGGGCAUAUGGCCCCCUACAUCACAAGUCAAAUCUCAGCAAAGCAUUUUUUUAUAAUUAGGCUUUAAUUUUUUUUUUUUUUUAAAUUACAGAAGGUGUACACAUUCAAUACAGAAAAAUAAAUGUGAAGGUGGGCAUAAAAUUUUUAAAAAUCAUUCAUACUUACCACCCAGAGAUUGCCAGUAGUAAUGUGGUGUCUACCUUUUUUGUUGUUGUUGUUAUAUAGUUAUACAGUCAUUAUCAAAGAUCAGGGCUACUGGAUUACAGUUCAACAACUUCAGGUAUUUCCUUUUGUCUAUUCUAAAACACUAGACACUAAA